UGAUGUGGUACUUGAAUAAUUAAUUAAAAAAUCGAAAAUUAAUCGGGAAAAAUCGGAUAUAAUCAGGAAAAAAAUGGAAAUAAAUCUGGGAAGGUGAAGCUGGCCUGCAUUCGUUGGCACUCUGAUGGUUUCCCUCGUUCACCUUGACGUGUGUGGCUCCACGCUCAAAUGACGUUUACAGGUAACCCCCUGGAUCAGGGAAAAUCGAGAGAUUUCAUUUAAUUUAUAAUCUCCAACGCGUGACAUUCGGCAAGAUGUACGAAGUGCCGCGUGCUCUACUCUUCUCCUUGAAUUUCGAAACAUUUUCCGAAAGGUCCUACAGAGAACAACAAGUUCGUGUCCGGUUUGCUCCCAGCCCAACAGGUUACCUGGAUUUCAGAGGCCUCCUCACAGCUCCGUACAACUAUUCAUUGGCUUGGGCAAACCAAGGAUAUUUUAUUUUAGCCUUAGAAGACACAGAUCAAACAGGACCCGUACUAAAUGCUGCUGGUAACCUCCAAGAGGAUCUAUUCUAGGCUGGAAUCAUCCCGCACAAAGACCCGACAAGGGGUAGACCUGUAGGCUCUUACUUCCAAUCAAAACGUCUGGAAUUUUACAAUGAACAGGUUCAAGUUCUCUCCUAAUACGCCUUGGCUCGGCGCUGUUUUUAUUUAGGCAGUAGACUGGGGCUCUCAGGACAAGAAUCGUUGAGGCAAGCACCGAAGUACAUCAAGUUUAUACACCUAAGCAAAGAGGAUCUGAAGGUUAAAUCGAGGCGUGGAAAAUCUUAUUGCGUCAGAUUUAAGGUACUUGAGAGAUGUUUGGCUGGUGAUUCGUCUUUGAGAGGAUAACUGGUAUCAUAAUAUUGCCGGGUGUAUUUAUAGAACUGAAUUGUAAGCGCCACAGCAAAACGAGAGGGUUGUAGGCAAGGUGUUGUUAGACGAAGACGUAGGCAAUACCUCCCUCUUGCUUUGCUGUGGCAAUGAUCGGCAGGUCAGGUGAAUCAUUUCGAUUUUCUGUCAUCACUUCAUAAUACUGUUUUGAAGAUUGUACUCGGUUCACCCUAGUCAAAAGGAUCCAGGGGAUAUAGGUUUUUCAACGAUUUUUUCAACUUCAGAUUAUAUCAAGGACAAAAUCACGGAGACUUGAGACGGAGAAGAGUUAUCAUUUCAUUACGUCUGUCUCUACACCAUUUCGAACUUAUGGGAUGGAUAUGCGUAUCCUUUUUUUUUCAUUAAUAGAGCCGGCCAUGUUGGCAGCACUUUAUUCGUAUGUUUUUUGGUGCCUUGCCCCUCCCCCGACCCGCGAUACUCGUUCGCGACACUCCCAAAAGUCUGUCCCACUCUCGUACGAUUACGUCUACAUAAAAAUAGUAAUUAUACGAUAAAGUUAACACAUACUGAUGUACCGCGGUGAAUUCGGAGAGUUUAAAGUAGUUAAAACCAAGUCAAAACUAUUAACAAAAGGCUAAAGAACUUGAAGACUACGUAAGCGUAAACUCUUCGGCAAGGCGCAAAUGGCCCAGGACUUUUGGAGUGGCUGUAGUUGCGAUGGAAUAUAAAGAAAAAAGUGUAGUGGCAUGUAGUGGAAUCUUGAUGGAUGAUUUUCCCAAUAUACAUGUAUUGGUCAUAUCUCAGAAAUCUUUUCUAUAACUUGUACGAAACAAUUCUAGAAAUAGAAUGAUGAAUAUGAUGGUCAAAGGGCAGAGGAGAAAAGAAAGACGAUGGGUCGAGAUUUUUGUUGGUUACUUUCAGUGACAGUUGUGAUUUUAUGUUAAUGAUUAUAAUGUGGUGGCAAUGAACGUGUGUAGUGAAAACUAAAACUGAAGUUAUUACAGAGAAUAAUGAUUAUGAUGACAAUGAGAAACAAAUAGACGAGUGCCUAGCGUAAAAACUAAAAUCAAAUUGUUAAAGAACAGUGCUAAAAGAGAGAGACGUGAGCAUUCCCGUUUAAAGUGAUGAUAAACGUUUACCGAUGCACCUGUUCACAUCAUUACUUGUAUUCAUUGAAAAUGCAAUUCAUCGCUCAUUUUAUCCGAUAGACGAUUAAAUGAUGAAAUACUAAUUGGUAAUCGUCAGUUCUGAGUUAUAAAUCGUGAACCUCGAAUAAUGCUUAAACGAUGCAUGGCCUUUGCAAGUAUUUCUAUGAAUUGUAGCAAUUAAAAAUACAAUAUUAAGACCAGCUGAAAUACGAAACAUAUAAAAAAGGAACUACAACGUUGGCGUACUACCAAAGAGUUGUGACUGACUAGCUAUUCGUCAGAGAGAAUCUCUAGUUCUCGCCAUUGUUCCAAGUCCAAGCUGUAAAGUUCAAUCCAUUACCGAUGCAAACUAGAGACCGAAACACUAACGGAUUCAUCAAAGAAGAAAGGAAUGGCUAGCUUGUCGGUUGCACCGUCAAGCAAAAACAGCUCCCGAAGCACCUCGCCUAGUCCAGGAAUUAGCUCGACUUCUCAAACACAACGCCAACAUCUCCCAGCCAACCUGGAUCCUGUACAGAAGUCUCGGAAUGUUACCACUUACCAAUCCGGAGAGGGAAGUACAGGUAGCGGAAGUAGCGGAGGAGGUGGAGGAGGCAUGAAGGGCACCGGAAGGCAAAGGUCUCCCGGUGCAGUUGCCCGGGUUGGAGAAACCACCGACGAUCCGGCAGCAAGUCAAGUUCCUUCCGAACUCGACGAUUUUGUUUCCAAUGUCAAUCCGCCUACGGAUGACGAAGGGGAGGCCUACCAUCCCACGCAAUCCUUUCUUUCGAACGGAUCUUCAGAAUUAAUCAACGACGAUGUGGACUCUAGCGAAAGCCGGGGGCGACAGGCCAUGGAACAUUUGCAAACGAAAAUAUCGAAAACCAGAGAACUCAUACGGAUAGAACAAACGACGCGAGACGACAACGUGAACGAAUAUUUGAAGCUGGCUGCUAAUGCAGACAAGCAACAGCUUACCAGAAUAAAAGCUGUUUUUGAGAAAAAAAAUCAGAAGUCUGCUCACAGUAUAUCGCAAUUGCAAAAAAAACUAGAAAGUUACACAAAGAAACUUAAAGAUUAUGAGGUACACGGUGCUCCCACUAGCCAUAGACAGCCUAGGGAGGUUCUGCGCGAUAUGGGACAAGGGCUUAAAAACGUUGGUGGUAAUAUCAGGGACGGUAUCACUGGUUUUUCAGGGAGUGUCAUGUCAAAGCCGAGAGAAUUUGCGCACCUUAUAAAAAACAAGUUCGGCAGCGCUGACAACAUAAAUACGUUAUCACAUGGCUCAACUUUUUAUGUAAACGAUACACCACGUGCAGGUAACGGAGACAACGGCAGUGUGGAAGAAGAAAAAACGCACCAUGGCUCGGCCACACUUCCUGGCGGAUGCAGCCUUGGUUCGACUCACAGUGCCGUUGCCAUCAAAUUUCCCUCCGAAGAAGGUUCGGAAUGUUCCAGCGUCACCAGUGAGAGUGCACCUGGUAGCAGAGGGCAGACGCACGCUUGUCACGGCAAUAGCGCAGCUUUUAGUUUAAAGCCGAUAUUCUCUGAGUUACAAGAAAACAGAGAAAACUAUGACAGAUUGAGAGAAAAAUUGGAAGGAUUUAAGGUUCUUCAGCAGGAAGUAGCGUAUCUAUCUCACGCACUGCAGGAAGAACGCUUCCGAUGCGAACGCCUCGAAGAGCAGGUCAACGAUUUAACCGAACUGCAUCAAAACGAAAUUGAAAAUUUGAAACAAACCAUAACAGACAUGGAGGAAAAAGUGCAAUACCAAAGCGAGGACCGGUUGCGGGAUAUUCACGAGAUACUGGAGAGUUGUCAGACAAAAAUAUGGAAAAUGGAACACCAGCAGCAGCAACACCAGCAGUAUGUCACGCUGGAAGGGCUGGACAACAGCAACGCGAGAGCUUUGGUAGUGAAAUUGAUAAACGUUGUACUGACAGUUUUACAAGUGGUUUUACUUCUCGUCGCAACUGGUGCUGGUAUCAUGAUGCCGUUUCUAAGAACAAGGGUGCGCAUAUUGACAACGACGCUUGUUGUACUGGGAAUCGUAUUCGUGCUAAAGCAGUGGCCGGAGGUUCAUGACGUCGGUAGCCACCUUAUGCGACAUCUCAAACAGACAUUGGCUGUCAAGUAGUGUCGGUGGCACUUCUAGGAAAGAGAACGGCCUAUAGAAUGGUCGGAAAUCCCGGCCGAUCAACACCGAUGCGGUACUAAUGAUCCAGAUCGUUAGGAUUUGAUGUUCCCAUUGACAGAUACGAUCGUUACGUUGUCCAACACGCGGAUGUGAUUGAUACAUGAUUCAAAACAAGAAAAAUCGUUCCAAUAUUCAUUGAAUCGUGGUCCAAUUCGUCCACGAGUCAAAAGUGAAGCGUGAAUUUGAUCGAGCUAAAAGCGUUGUUGAACUACGAACGACGUAAUUCAAGAGGAACGUGAUCAUACGACUGUUUCUCGUUUAGUAAAGGAAAAAUUAGAAAAAAGAGAACGACCGACAAGGUCUACGAAUAAUGUGUGGAGUAUUUUUUAAAAAAGCGUCAAUAUUGUCGAUGAUUCGGUAUACAAACCGGUGUUGACUAAAAUGUAUAAUAAAUUGUCCGUUGUUUAUAUGAUAUGAAUAGCUCGGUGUUUGUUGUUACAAAAUUUUUAAAUUCAAGUCAAGAUUUAUCAGUACCAACUGCAAUGCUCUUGCCUUCUUGUAUUGUUCAUAAAAUGUAGACAUGUUGCGAAAGUUACGUUACACCAAUGUCUACAUAUUAAUAUGAAAUGAAUGUUAUUCGUUUUCGUUUUCGGGAAAAUUUGCUUCAAUAUUCCAAUAACCGCGUGCGUACUCGGAGUGAAAUUUGAUGCUCACGCUAGUUUAAUCGUUUAGGAGUUACGAUGCACUGUGUUGAAAUGUGGUUUACCUGGACCCAAGGCAAACAAGCCUAUUUAAAAAUCAGAAGCAACACCGAUAUCUGACCCAGUUAUUUACUCCUCUCUUUUCAAAAACAUUUUCGCGAGAGGAGCCAGUCACCGCGUUAAUUAUUUGAGUAUGUGUACGUACCUGUUUAAUUAAUUAGUAAUCGCUAAUUUGUGACGAAUGAUUGAUUCUGUUAUGAAUAACGUUAUGAUGAAAAGAAAAACACAAAUACGAGUAAGCAAGGAAUGAACCAUGACAAAUACGUGAAACGAGAAAAAGACUGAUGGACUAAAAUUAAAAAAAAAAUUAACGAAUAAAUAAAGAAACAAAAAACAAUACUUGUAGCUUCGCCUGCGAUGAGUGUGCCCAUGCGCGUGUGUUUCGCACGAUUUAACUACUGUUAGUCAAUUUAUCAUUACAUACUAUACGUAGAUAUUAGUUGCCCUGUGGUCAGUGUUUAUGCGUCGUAGCUUCAUUAUCAUGCUGCUAUAUCCGUAGACUGGACGUCGACAAGAACAAGUUGAGCUGAUCAUCGUCAUCAUCAUCGUCAUUAUUAUUAUCGUUAUUAUUUUAUUCAUCAUAUUAUUGUAUCCACAACGUAUUUUAUGCGUGAGCCAUUCAUACCAUCGUUUAUUGGUUUUUCUUACUAAUAAGUGAUAUUAUUUUGAAUGAAUGUUUUUACCAGACGGCAGCAGUCGUAGCAAGUUUUUUAAAACUUGGUAACUUAUUUUCAUAGUGACAGACACUUGUAGUUUCCAUCACGUUAGGCUACGAACUGUUGAAAGGAGUUGCGAGACACGGUUUAAAAUAUUAAUAUGGAUAUAAGGAAAAGUUCCUCGUCGAUGUUAGGAGAUCUCAGAAAGAGAAACUUCUUCUCGAUUGUAACCUGGUUCGUAUGUACGUAUGUAGGUCUAGACCUUGGAACAAUCGAGACCCAGUAGAGUCGAAAUAGUAUGGUAGAUGUUUGAUAAUGGUGUUGCACAAAAUUAAAUAUACAUAUAGGUAUGUGUAUGUAUCUACCUAUAGUGAUAAAAACAGCAUUGUACAAAACAUCGUGGAUCGCCUAGAUAUAAUCUGUAGAUAUAAAUUGAUAUGACCAGACAAUGACGAUUAUUAGAAAGAAGUAUAGAUGAAUAUCGCUAUAGUGAGCAUGUAGUUGAUUGAAUUUUAUCACCAAAUAAAAAUAAUUUAUUGCCAGAGAA